UGUAUGUUUAUUUUUUCCUUAAACCUGAAAAUAAUGUGUCAAAAAUAAAUAUUUAUAUAUUAAGAAUAACAAGCUAAUUUCAAAAUUUACAAUCUGAGCUUUCAUUAUAGACUGAACUUUGGAAUAGUCUUUAGUAUAGAAAUAUAAGACUCGUUAAUACAGCCAUAAGUGAACAAGCACAGAAUGGGUAUUUGAACAUAAUCAAUACAUCAUUCGAUCAAUACAUCAAAACAGCCAUUUAUUCUUCUUUUAUUGGUUUUUACUUCAUUGACAGUAUUAAAUAUAACAUUUCCUGUGGCUGAAAACAUUUACAUUCAAAUGUAAUUUAUACAUGGAAAAACAUGUAAGUCUACCAUCCUCAUCAUAUGCAUGCUAAGCAAAUUGAAUCAAAAUAAUAAAUAAAUACAUGUACAGUAGCUACCAGACAAGAAAAUAAAAGUUUUCAUUUUCUAAAAAUAAAAAGAGAUCUUGGUUGACUGCCGCAGAAUAUUCACAUAUGUGCUUAUAGCAGAUAGGCCUGAAAUAAAAUUACUUGGAAUGACACCCAGUGAUCACUUAACAAUUGAUGUGUAAAACAAUUUUCAGCAGGAAACAGAUCAUCACGUGCCAAUUUAACCUCAUGGGUUCAGAUUUUGGGUAUGGUCUAUUGGUUUAGUUACUUUAUUUUACUCACAUGGGCAAAUACACCAGUAAGGGUAUUAGCCUAAGGUGAAUGACAGGAUACUAAAAUAAAGCAUAUAAUCUGUAAGAUAAUGACAAGAAAUCUCUCCCGUGCCAAGCAACAACAGCUGCAACCUUCUAUUGGAUAUUUUUGGUUUAUUUCCUAAAGUGUGAUGUAAACAGGCAAUGUGAAAAUAAAAAGUCAAUCAGCUGCUUCAGAAUGUACUGCUGGUUUGUGCAUUAAAAACUGAUUUAACAAAUGAAAUGAUUUGACAAUAUGAAAAUUAAAAGCAUUUGCACUGACUAAUGAUUUUUUUCUUUGCACUUUGUAUUGAACCAAGUCGGUAAUAUUCUUGUACAUGCAUAGGACACCAUGCGAUAUGAUGCAUGUGCCAAGGAUUUGCAGAAGCAAUAUUUGAACUGGUACGCACAUAGUGCAAAGCCAAUGAGAAAUAAUGACUUAAACGGUUGGGUGAGUGCCGCUGACGAAAAACAGGAAAAUGGAUUGGUGACGUGUAUCAAAAGAUCUAUUUCAGUUAGCAGUCCUACUGUCGAUUACAAAACAGACAACGUCAUUUUGCAGCAUCUUACGUUAAUACCGGCAAAUAAUAGUCAGGGAGCCUUACCGGUGGUCACUAUCCAUGGUGCUGAAACGCCUUGUGCGCUGCCCAAGGGGAGAAGCGGGGGUACGCAUACUCCGGACAGUUCUUCUGCUGCUGCAAAUGAGUUCAGGUGCAAGUGCAAUUGCAAACAGCAUAAUUAUGCGCAAGAACGAUUCUCUUUGCAGUUACUUUUAACAGCGGACGGUGGCGAGGAAAAUGCUGCCGAAUAACUCCUACAAGCAGCUGAGUUUGGAGGACAGCCUUUACUUUAUGAAUUCGUCUGGGAACGACACACAGGGCGAAUCUCAAGGCAGCGCAAUCCUCAUCUCCUUUAUUUACUCGGUCGUGUGCUUGGUGGGGCUGUGUGGGAACUCUAUGGUAAUCUAUGUGAUCUUCAGGUAUGCGAAAAUGAAGACGGCGACCAACAUUUACAUUUUAAAUCUGGCGAUCGCGGACGAGUUAUUGAUGCUGAGUGUGCCUUUUUUGGUGACUUCGUCUCUGCUCCACCACUGGCCGUUUGGCUCGCUUUUGUGUCGACUUGUCCUAAGUGUUGAUGCUAUUAAUAUGUUUACCAGUAUAUAUUGCCUUACAGUGUUGAGCAUAGACCGUUACAUUGCUGUGGUGCACCCCAUCAAAGCUGCCAGAUACCGAAGACCUACCAUAGCCAAGAUAGUCAACAUGGGGGUUUGGAUGUUCUCUAUUGUAGUAAUUUUGCCCAUUAUAAUAUUUUCCACGACAGCGCCAAAUUCGGAUGGCUCAGUUGCCUGCAACAUGCAGAUGCCGAAGCCGGUGCGACAGUGGAUGGCUGUAUUUGUGAUCUAUGCCUUUUUAAUGGGCUUUCUGUUCCCAGUCAUUGCCAUAUGCCUGUGCUAUAUUCUCAUCAUUUUUAAGAUGAGAGUGGUCGCCUUGAAGGCGGGCUGGCAACAGCGCAAAAAGUCCGAGCGCAAGAUAACUCUGAUGGUGAUGAUGGUGGUGACAGUAUUCGUGAUCUGCUGGAUGCCCUUCCACAUCGUCCAGCUUGUGAACGUCUUCGUGGGGCGACACAACGCGACAGUCAGCCAGCUCGCUGUUAUUUUAGGCUACGCCAACAGUUGCGCUAAUCCAAUACUCUAUGGAUUCCUGUCGGACAAUUUCAAGCGCUCUUUCCAAAGGAUCUUGUGCCUCCGAUGGAUGGACAACGCCACGGAAGAGCCCAUUGAUUACUAUGCCACAGCCCUAAAAAGUCGCGGCUACAGUGUGGAUGAAUUUCAGCCCGAUAAUAUGGAGUCGGAUAGCGCUUACAGGAACGGCACCUGCACAUCGAGAACCACUACAUUAUAGCCAAACCAGUUAAUUAAUGUGAUCAUUAUGUGUUUUAAUGUCCUUAUUGCAUUAUUUCAUAUGGGUAACGCCGUUUCUGUCUUUUUUUAUUGACGUAAUUAAAUUGUGUAAUUAAAA